UGAACCAGAGACUGGAAACGGACACAGUACAGGAGAUGACCAGAUGGACUGCGGACAGUACAAGGGAUGACCAGAGGAUGCAGCGGACACAGUACAGGAGAUGACCAGAGACUGCGGACACAGUACACGGAUGACCAGAGACUGCGGACACAGUACAGGGAUGACCAGAGACUGCGGACACAGUACAGGGAUGGACCAGAGACUGCGGGACAGAUACCAGGAGAUGACCAGAGACUGCGGACAGUACAGGAGAUGACCAGAGACUGCGGGACACAGUACAGGAGAUGACCAGAGACUGAGGGACACAGUACAGGAGAUGACCAGAGACUGCGGAACAGUACAGGAGAUGACCAGAGGACUGCGGACAGCACAGGAGCGAUGACCAGAGAGACUGCGGACAGUACAGGAGAUGACCCAGAGGAGACUGCGGACACAGCACAGGGAUGACCAGAGAACUGCGGACAGCACAGGGAAUGACCAGAGGCAGGACAGAGUACAGGAGAUGA